CCCCCUUCCCCCUUCGCCUUCCUUCCCCGCUCCGGUCCUCGAUCUCCCCUCUUUAUCUCCUCUCUGGCACUAAUGACCGGGCACACCACGGCCCUCGCGCUCGUGGUCGGCGUUGACGGCGGCGCCACCAAGUCCACCCUGACCGUGGGGUUGGCGCGUAACUGCCCCCAGGACCCGGUGCAGGGCUUCUGCCUGUCCGGGCCAGCGGCCAACAUCCAUAUCCGCGGCGUCGAGGUGGUCGCGCGUGAACUCCACCACACCCUGGCCGCCGGCGUGCGCGGCCUGCUGGAGAGUCCCGGCCUGCGGGAGCACUCGUGCACCUGUCCGCUGGGCGAGUCUUGCCCAUUGUGGCCGGCCGGGCGGGCGGGCACCGAGGCGGGCGGCCCCCCGCGCGCGGUGAUCGCAUCCCUGGUGGCCUGCCUGAGUGGCAUCCAGUCGGACACCGACGCCGAGGCCCUGCGCCGGUGCCUCCAGCAAAAGGUGUGGUCCGGGGCUGCGUGUGCCCGGCAGCGUCUUUGCGCGCAUUUGCUCUCCAACGACGGGGGCACCGAGGUGCCGGAUGCCGACCUGGCGGGCCUGCUGUCGCUUCAGCCGGGGGCCUUUCUCCCGCCGGCCCACACGCUGAUCCUGAACGACACGCGUGUCUGCAUCACCGGGCAGCAUCCCAUUUCGGAAGUCGGCGGCGCGGCCCUGUCCGUGUGCCUGGUGGCCGGGACCGGCAGCAAUUGCACCACCCUGCCGUGGCACCUGGAGCCGCACGAGAUCUCCGAUGCGGCUCGGUGUCACUGCGAUGCUUGCGACCGGGACGCAGCAUGCAGCCAGCCCCUGGCCUCGAAGCCGGCCAGUUUCCAACGCGUGUCGGCCGGCGGCUGGGGGCACCUUCUCGCCGACCAUGGAAGCGGCUAUGCAUGCGCUCUUCUCUGCUUGCAGAACAUUUUCUUGGCCCUGGACCAUGUGCCACUGCAACUGGACUCGUACGCCCCCGAGGCCGGCCCGGAGGAGCUCGGCAACCCGGCCGCCGCGGCCGUGGCCCUCGGCCUGAUGGCCGAUCACUUUCAGAUCCCGGCGGAUGUGCGCGCCAGCGGCACCUCGGCCAUCCAAAGCUGGAUGGUGCAGAACAUCUACACCGCCGGGUCCGACUCCAAGAGCUUCAUCGCCGGCUUCGCGCUGCAAGUGGCCCACGGCGCCGCCACCCUCAAGGACCCCUUCUGCCGGGCGCACCUGCACCAUGCGGGCUGGUGGCUGGGACGGCUGUUGCGAUCGGUCAUUCAACGCUCGCUCCCGGGCCCGGGCCCGGAGCUGCCGUGCGGCGUGUCGGUGGCCUGCAUCGGGUCGCUGUUCAAUGCCUUCGAGGCGGGACUGGGCGAGGGCCUGCUGCUUGGCCUGCGGGCCGGUCGGCAACUUGUCGGCAUUGUCAUGCGCGUCACCUGCCACCAGGCAAAGGGGGAGUUUGCUGGCGCGCUUGCGGCGUCGGCCUUUGCGCUGGAGCUGGUGCUGGGGCCGGGCGGGCCGGGUGUUCCGGGCCGGGUGCCGGCCUCCAUACUGCUCACCCGGCGGGUUCCCCUCUGAGGCCCGAGAGAAGGGCCUCCGGGGUGGGCCCUGGCCCGGGGCGGCCCGGGCAGGACCGGCAGAACCCCAGCCGCAGGCAAUCAACAAGCCUCCCCUGUCCACCCGGGCGCGCCUGCGCCGGUGCCUGUCUCCCCGACCUGCCCCGGCCCGGGGGCUGCCCCUUCCUGCUCUCGGUCGGCCAAAUGCAAGCAAAAGAGCAACCCCAAAUCCGGCCACUUUCUCAGAA